AUGGACAUCGAUCUUUUUAUCGAACAGGCAUCCCCUAAAUUCGGUACCUUCAUCUGUCUCAACUGCGCCGGCACGCACCGCGGACUAGGCGUCCACAUCUCCUUUGUGCGCUCCAUCACCAUGGACGCCUUCAAGAACUCCGAGACCCAGCGCAUGGAACACGGCGGCAACGAUACCUGGAAGAAUUUCUUCGACGAGCAUCCCGUCACCCAGUCGGAGGGGCGCACUUUCGAAGACUCCACCAUCAAGGAACGGUAUGAGGGCGAGGUCGGAGAGGAAUAUAAGGAACGGUUGGCAGCGAAGGUCGAGGGCCGGGAAUAUGACCCUACGCUGGUGCAGAGGAAUAACUUGAACAACAAGAAAGCAGAGCAGCAGCCACCGUCGAGGUCCAGCACGCCGUUAGCGGGCGGGAGUACAGGACGAGGGUCGCCGGCCGACGGGGAUCGGCUUGGACGGAGUGGCAGUACGAAGAAGGAGCGCAACGAGGCGUAUUUUGCGAAGUUGGGGUCUGAGAACGCAACGCGCUCAGCGACGUUGCCGCCCUCGCAGGGCGGCAAGUUUACAGGCUUUGGUGGUGGGUUGCCCGCGGAUGAUUCGCCCUCGCGCGGUGGUGCUCGGGGCGGCGCAGGGCGAGGCGUUCCGGGGCUCGAUGACUUCCAGAAGGAUCCUAUGGCGGCGUUGACGAAGGGGUUUGGGUGGUUCACGACGGCGGUGGGGAAGGGCGCGAAGACGAUGAAUGAUUCGUAUAUCCAGCCUACGGCGAAGACUCUCGCGGAAUCCGACUUCGCCGCUCAAGCGCGCGUCCACGCCUCCACCUUCGGCCAGAACAUCCAGACCGGCGCGCGCGGCGCCGCAGACCACUUCAACCGCUUCGUGGAAGGACCCGACGACACGCGCCGUCGCGGACGGGAAGAUCCCGAGCGCAAGGACUUCUGGGACGAUUUCUCGUCCCUAGGGAACGAGGAGAAUCAUCAUCGCACGGCUUCGCGGUCUAGCGCUAUCGGAACGGCCGCCAUGAAGCCGUCUACGUCUACGUCUACGCCGGCUGGCGCGACGAGUGCUAGUACCGCUGGUGCUGGUGCCGGUGGCAGUAGUACGACGACUGCUCCGGCGGGCCGAAAGAGUCAGGAUGAGGGGUGGGAUGAGAAUUGGUGA